UCGAUGUUUGGAUUCUCCGGACUGGAGAAGGGGGAAGAAAAGUAAGGAGGAAUUGAAGUACUGUAUACUGAAACUAUCACAGACAAGACAAGCACGGCAAAGAAAGAGGGCACAGAUGCGCUCCUGGAAGAAAUUGAAUCUAAAUUUAAGAUGAGCCUAAAAAUACAGUCUCUUUACUACGCCAAAUCUCAGACUGAAGGAGACAGGGCGUCCUCGCAUUAACUUCUGGGAAAUGUAGUUUUGAUGCUGCCGGCGCGUUCUGUUUGCGACAGAAACUACAGCCCCCAGGAGCCACUGGGACGGUGCCUGUGGCGGCCUGCAAGCCAACGGUUAGCUCAGACGGAGAUUGACUGAAAGCGUGGGUUUGAUAAUGGAUCCUGAAUUAAUGCAUAGUAUAGUAGGAAGCUAUCUUAAACCUCCAGAAAGAGUAUUUGUUCCAUCAUUUACCCAGAAUGAUGAAUCAACUCAGACUCACCACUCUGUGAACUUAGAAGUUACCUCUCCUAAAAUGCUUCAUAGUCCAAAUAGCCAAGCUCUUAUUUUAGCCUUAAAAACUCUUCAGGAAAAGAUUCAUCGUUUGGAGUUAGAAAGAACACAAGCUGAAGAUAACCUUAACAUUCUUUCCAGAGAAGCGGCACAGUAUAAAAAGGCCUUGGAGAAUGAAACAAAUGAGAGAAAUCUGGCACACCAGGAACUGAUAAAGCAGAAAAAAGAUAUAAGUAUACAAUUAAGCUCAGCCCAGUCUCGCUGUACUCUUCUAGAGAAGCAACUAGAAUAUACAAAGAGAAUGGUUCUCAACGUAGAACGAGAGAAGAAUAUGAUCCUAGAACAACAGGCCCAGCUUCAAAGGGAAAAAGAACAGGAUCAUAUGAAGCUGCAAGCAAAACUUGAAAAGCUGGAUGUCUUAGAAAAAGAAUGUUUUAAACUUACAACAACUCAGAAAACUGCCGAGGACAAGAUUAAAUAUUUAGAGGAAAAACUUAAGGAAGAAGAACAUCAGCGUAAGCUAUUUCAAGACAAAGCUUCUGAGCUUCAAACUGGACUUGAAAUCAAUAGAAUUUUAAUGUCUUCAGUAUCAAAUCCAAAAUGCUCCAAAGAAAAAAAGAAAUCUUCAAAGAAAACUAAAUGUUUAAAGAGAGGACCACCUCAGCAAAUUUAUUCAAAGUUUGGAUCACUGCCUAUUGUAGUUGAGAAGUCUGCCAGUGCAAGCCAUUCCAGGAAUGCAAGCAGGCAAAACCUCCUGCAGAUGAUGCAACAUUAUGGCCCACAUGUCCUUCAGAAACGUGCAGAAGUUACUGAGCCUAGAUGUCUCUACAAGCCUACUAGAACAACUUCACAGUGUAAAGCUGUACCUCCUGACUCAGGAAAGUCUAUUUGUAUUUGUGAUAAUUUGUCUGAACUCUUGAUGGCAAUGCAAGAUGAGCUGGACCAAAUGAGUAUGGAGCACCAAGAACUACUGAAUCAAAUGAAGGAGACUGAAAGCCAUUCAGCCUUUGAAAACAUAGAAUGUGAACUAGAGCAUUUAGUCAAGAAAAUGGAAAUUAAAGGAGAACAAAUUUCCAAAUUGAAGAAGCAUCAAGACAGUGUCCGUAAACUGCAGCAAAAAGUUCAAAACUCAAAGACAAGUGAAGCUUCAGGCAUUCAGCGAGAAGAUAGCAACCCUAACACAUCAAAGAAUGUGAAAAAUAGCCCCAGAAAAUGUUUGCCAGCUAACCCUCUUCAGAAGAACAGCAACUUUCAUCCAAUACGAGUCCAUAAUCUUCAGAUGAAAUUGAGAAGAGAUGAUAUCAUGUGGGAACAGUAACACAAUCACAAAGCUGUCACUUUAAAUGAACUCUGUCAAUGAAAUCUUGAAUUGUCUAAAGUGGUUUUAAUUUAAUACACCUUUAUGAAAUUUUGAAUUAUGUUUCUAGCCUCUAUAGAGUGUCAAGUUAUAGUAUUUUUAAAUUAAUGCCUAAUCUCUUAAGAGUCCCAAAUGAUAAAUGAUUGUUUUGUUUUUUUAUUGACUGAAGUACCUAAUCUCACCAUGUUUUAGAAACUUUGUUCACUUUGCAGAUAGCUUAAGUUAAAUCUAAGAAAUUAUGCAGGAUUGAUGAUAUUUAAAAUUGAAUUAAAUUUGAGAUACAAGUACUGUUCCACUUUUUCAUUUAGUAGGCUUGUCACCUUAAGAACCAAUGCAAAAUGAACAGAGCAUGGAAAGGAUUUUUAGCUUUCCUGGUGCUUCCUCCCCGUCUUAUUUUAGUGCUGUGACAUGUUUUUCUUUUUUGGAAAGGGAAAAAGCUUGGUGAAGAGGCCUUUAACCCAAGUUGCUAUGUGACAAUUACAAAUAGGAGCCCACAGUAACUUAAUUUUUAGAUGACAGAACUCAACUGCAGAAAUCCCAUUCUUUUACAAAGCUAGUGUUUUUUUUUAAUAGCAGCGAUAUAUCUUACCUUAUUCCUUCAUAACUAUAACAUUUUAUGACUUUUAGUCUUUGCAUUAUAUAUAAUAUUUAUCUGUAUAAAUUGAAAAUGUGACUUUCCAGCACCCACAAAACUGGCUUAUUGUUUAUAGGAAAGUAUAGGAAGACGUUGGACAUUUCAUUGCCUCAUCUAGCAAAAAUUCAGAGAAAUAUAAUAAAUUAUUUUUUAUAUUUUUAAAUCAGAGAUGUCAUAAGAGAUUUCUUUGUGUAUGUAUGCUUUUAUAAUAAAUUUAUACUUGUCAACCUAUCUUUCCAGAAGCCUAUGGAAACUAGUACAACUCUUCUGAACUUUUUUGGUUUCUGACUGAAAUCCUUUGGGGCAGCUAGAGAAUUGGACUCAUCAACUGAAGUAGAAAUAGAAGACUGACAGAAAAGGCAUAAUAGAAAGGAAGAACUCAGAAGAUAGGGUAGCAGUUUAAGAGAUGGUGAUUCCAAAGGGGCAAAGUUGGAGGUACCUCUUUAUCUACAACUGGGGGAAUGUUCAAGCUGUAAGUGUGAAAGAAUUUUUAGGUCAGGAUCUUAGGGAACUAGGAAAAGCAAUUUUUUAAAAGAUAGUCUUUAUGUCCUUCUAGUAAAUUCCCAAAAAGUAUGUGUAGGGGUAAUUGUGGACCUUCUGGGGGAGAGGAGGAGAACUGCAAUUCCUUCUCAUUGAGAGAAGAGGUGCUAAGUUAGAAGACCUUUUUAUACAUGAAGUGGAGAGAUGACUGAAAAUGGGCAGAUUGAUACUUGGAAUUGUCCUUGAAAGUAACUAAUGGCAGAGAUAAAAAUUUCUCUCCCUCUGGUUUAAAUAGUACGUGUGUCCUUCAUCCAUUUUCACUCCCUCUCCCUCUGCCAGCUCCUUCAACCCGAGAUGUUCCACAGAGGGCUUCAUCUAAACUCAGUUUUGUCACCUUACCUGUUUUUCUGCAUUGCCUUUCCUUCUCAAGAAUGUGAGUGCUAUGGUUUAUACUUAGCAAAAAGCUCACCAGGACCAUAAUACAGCCCUGUCUUUCUGUGCCUUUGUUUUCUGUGCACUUAGGAAGGUGGCUGAAUAUAUUUAGUUUAUCAAUAAUGAAGUCGUUACUUGUGAAAAUGUAUUGCUAAAACAAAUUACCAUAAAAUUUUUUUUUUUUUUUGUGAGGAAGAUCAACCCUGAGCUAACAUCCAUGGUAAUCCUCCUCUUUUUGCUGAGGAAGACCGGCUCUGAGCUAACAUCUAUUGCCAAUCCUCCUCCUUUUUUUCCCCAAAGCCCCAGUAGAUAGUUGUGUGUCCUAGUUGCACAUCCUUCUAGUUGCUGUAUGUGGGACACGGCCUCAGCAUGGCUGGAGAAGCGGUGCGUCAGUGUGCACCCCGGAUCCGAACCUGGGCCGCCAGUAGUGGAGCGCGCGCACUUAACCGCUAAGCCACGGGGCCAGCCCAAAAAUUUUAAAGUCAUUUUAGGAAUGCUUGAUUAUUUCAAUUAAGAAUUGAGAAUUUUCUUGCAAAACCAGUGUAGUGUGGUAUAAAAAACAUAAGAUUUCAGAAUUAGGAGAUUUAGGUUCAAAUUGUGACUCCGCCAUUAAAUAGCUGGGACAAUCAAAUAACGUUUUGGAGCCUCUGUUUCUCAUUUGUAAAGUAGGGAUUAUAUUACUACCUACCUCACAGGGUUGUUGUGAGGAGUAAAUGAAAUAAAAUGUCCGAGCACCCAGCAGAAGGGUUGGUACUGAGUAAAAAUUCAAUAAAUUGUAAAUCUGAGUGGCCAAAAAAAAAUUGUCAAAGAACCUAAGUUUACAUAGGUUAAAGCCUGAAAGCAAGAGCUGAAACAUAUUCUUGAUAAAAGUGGGAAUAUUCUAAUUUAUUUGGUGUUUUUGUUCUUUCUUUUUUCUUUUUCUAUGUGCCUGGGAGAAAAUUGGUUUGGCUUGUUCCCUAACUUAAAUUUCUAAUGGGAGGAGGUAAAAAAUACAGUACUACUGUGGUGCAGAAACACAUAAUCACACACAGCAACUUGGUUUGGAGUCUGUUUUGGUUGUUGGGGUGACAUUUCUUAAUGAGAGAAAAUAAAGAUUGGUCUCCUGUUGCUCCAUCACAGCUACUGAACUAAAAAUGUGUCUGCUCACAGACUGCUGCUUGCCAGAGCCUUUGACUCCUCAGGGGGUGGAGCAAACCAUUUCCUUCCUGGAGAGGGGCAAUCUAUGGUCAGUGUACAACAGUUGCCGUAGCAACCCCGCAGCUGUGGUCUGCCUAGCAGAAACUCGGUGCGAUAUCAUUGAUUUUGUUCACUUAAGUGAAAAACUGGUUUGUUUGUUUUUUAUUUAAUCAGAAAUUGAAAAUAUGAAAUUGGAACUUUCUAGCCAAGGCAGGUCUCAACUUUGAUGCAACUGUGAAACUAGAAAGUUCGAGUGUCUGAAGCAGCAGGUAUUGUAAAUAUUCUAAUCCUGGAAAUAGAAGUUGGAAUCUUGAAUUAACUGUACUUGUGUAGGUCAUUGGCAACUACCCAUUUUUAUUAGGUUGUAGCUGAAGAUAGCAGGGUCAGAGGGAAAUGCUCAGUUUUCAGCAGUAUAAGAUUAAAGAAGGCGACACUUAAUGUAGUGAACUAGACGGCUGGGAUGGUGUACUUGAAAAUAUUUUUGAGAUUUUUGUAUAGCCUUCUUACUUUAAAAAUACAAGUUUAACUAUAAAGUAGUAUUCUUAAAUCCAUGAUAAGAUGUCAAAAGAUUAAAUUAAAAUUUGACUUGUAAUGUGAGAAAUCAAAGGGAACAAGUCAGUUGGUCAUGCGCAGUGGAAGAAGUGCUCACUGUGACCAAAAAUGCACCAGCUGCCAUUGUUGGUGUAGAGUAAAUAGUGAAACUCCUAAUGGUGUUUCCUGGAACUCUAUUCAGCUGUAACUAAAGCUGUACCUACUGAGAACAUUUAAUUGUAUGUGAAGUUUAGAUAAGUACAAGCUGACUCCCAGAUGUACAACAAGACAAAUCUCUCUAAGGCAUAAUGGCAUCUGUAAGAUAAAAAACACCUCUUUAUGGGUGCCAUGACACCUUUUAAUUAAAGCGAAAUGAGGAUAAAUAAAAAUAAUAUUGACUGUCACUGACAUGAAAUAAAUUUACUUCUUGGUAAUAGACCUUGCCAAUGCCUCAGCCUUUUUCUUUAUAACCUGUAUACUUAUUUUCAUGUAACUUUCCACCUUUAAUUCUUUUCUUUUGUAUUUUG